ACAUAAACGUUGAUUAUGAUAAUAUAACAACAACGCACAUACAAACACAAUAUAAGCAUUUGUGUAUAUACAUCGCUCAAACAGACAAACAGAAAUUAUAAGAUAUUUUCCAUGUUUCAUUGAAGAAGCAAGAAGAGCAAGUGAAAAGACAACAAGCUGACACAUAAAGGUCACAUAAUGUGUAUUCUUACAGACAUACAUAGUUGUGUAAAUAUACAUACCGGUGUUUUUUCUGACGAACAAUAAUAUUUGUCCAAGAUAACAGCUUUAAAAUAAACGAAAGACAUAUAGAUUACAGUGAUUAAAUUUAAAGUAGUGUUUAAGUAAAUAGACCAAAAAUCAACGAAACUGCAACAAGUUCGUGCCUUAAACAUAUUACAUAGCUAACUAUAGCUAACCUCAACAAAACUCAACCAACAACACCAACAAUCUGAGCCCUAAAGUUAAGGCUCUUUUGGAUCGCCAUGGGAAGCGUGUGGAAACGCUUACAGCGGGUUAACAAACGUGCUGCAAAGUUCCAAUUCACCGUCUCCUAUCAUGACCUCCGACUGGAGACCACCGCCAAGUGGCGACCUUCAAAUCUAUCCGUCGUGUGGACGAGGCGUUCGAGACGUGUGGCCAGCGCACCAUUACCAUGGGAACCCGAUAUGAUGAACCCGCUGGUGGGCAAUAUAUCGUGGCCUGUGCCCGACAAUCACUCUAUAUCCGUGACUUUAUUCAAGGAUCCCCGCACACACGAACUUGAAGAUAAAGACUGGACAUUCGUAAUCGAAGAUAUUUCAAUGUUGGGCAAAAAACGAGUGCUGGCUAAUGCAAAUAUCAAUAUGCGUAAAUACGCAAGUAUUGAAUCAACGCAGCAGAGUUUCCCAUUGACCCUCAAGCCCGUUUCCCGGAAAAUAACAUCAGCUGUCUUGGACUUGACAAUCAGUUGUGUGUUCCUGCGCGAGGGGAAAGCAACUGAUGAGGACAUGCAGAGCAUUGUCUCAUUGAUGUCGGUGAACAACUGUGAUGUGGCACCACUUGACGACCUGGAAGAUAUUCCCGACUUGGAAAACUCUGGAGAUAUAUCCGAUAACUUGUAUGAUUUCACGGAACAGUUGAAUAUGAUGACAACUAGCUUAAAUGGUUGCAUUGAUGUGCCAACGCCAAUAAGUGUUCCUUCGUUAUCCGAAGAUCCAACUCCAUUGGCCGAGUCAUAUAAUCAUUUAAAUUUUGAACUAGAAGCAGAUGAUCGUGAAAGCAAAGCGGAGACGACGGAUCUGCUCCCAACCAAGAACCAAGUGGUCGAGUCGGAUGAGUCCCUGAAGACUCCAAGUGCUAGUGUUAAUCCUGAGCCAGAUGCUCUCACUACCCCAACCAAAGUAAUGGCCGAAGAUAAGGCUGUAUUGAAGCCCCAAAACCAUGAUAGAUUCCAUGAGAUUCGCACCUCCACUCCCGUCGAACCAGCUCCGACACCAAGCACAGCAGCAACGGGCAAAGUCAAGACGAAUGCCUCGAGUCGAGCCCUUAAUUUUGACAAGCAAGAUGUGAGUGGCGUCGACUCGAACUCGAAUUCGUAUGCGGAUCAGUCUACAGCAGUCUUAAGCCUCACUACUCCCACCAUAACAAAGACAAGCGAUAACAGCAACUCAUCGGAAGCUGUGGCUGUCGCUGUCGCUGUCACUGACCCAGAGCCACAACCAAAGCCCAUCAAGAACUCAUCGAAUGCUGCUGUCACUGCCAAGCGAUCCGAGCUGCAACCGUUGGACUUGAAGAAGAGUUACGAGUCCACGCCUGCCGUCAAUAACAUGACAACGAAUAAAAGUGCGACAAACACGUCAAAUAGCCUGAAACCGGUCGAGAAGAUUUUGUUAAAGGAUAACACGCCGGGUCAAGAUUUGCUCGAGUGGUGCAAAGAGGUAACCAAAGAUUAUCCCAAUGUCAAGGUUACAAACCUGACAACCAGCUGGCGCAACGGCAUGGCCUUCUGCGCCAUUAUACAUCACUUUAUGCCCCACUUGAUCGACAUGUCAAAACUAAGUGCGCAUGACGUAGUGGGCAAUUGCCGCAUCGCCUUCGAUGCAGCGGAGACACUCGGCAUACCACGUGUCAUCGAACCCCGUGACAUGAAUCUGCUGACAGUACCGGAUAAAUUGGCAGUCAUGACAUAUUUGCAUCAACUGCGAGCGCACUUCACUGGCAAACAGCUGCAAAUUGAACAGAUUGGUCAAACAUCCGAUGAGUCGAGCUAUGUGAUUGGCAACUACAAGUCCGACAAUCUGUCGCAGAAUCUUAUCAACUUCUCGCACCUGAAAACACAGCUAUUGCAUCAGAACUCAUUGGACGACGAGAUUAUUAACCAGCAGCAACAGUUGUCGCCGAACAGUAAAAAAGAUGUCAAAAACAUUAUACUGACAAGUUCAAAGAGUAUUAUUGGCAAAGUGUUGUCCCCGACAAAGGAAAAGAACUCGAUCAACGCAAUGCAGACGAACAAAUCCUCACCCACUAUUGAUGGUUCUGGCGACACUCCCGAAGAUAUGCACCAGAAGUUUGUCAAGGAGCCACUGUCACCUGCCUCGCUGGAUGCCAAUGCUACAAACCGAAUUAUAACACGCCACAAAGAAAUGAGCGAAAAAGCUAAGCUGAUGAUGGAAAAAAUUAAAAUUUCCAAAUCGAACGAGCGCAGUGAUGCGAACGAUGAGGAAAGACAGCAACGACUGCGCGAGCAAGCACGAAGGCUCAUCUCGGAGACACGCAAUAAAUCAACGGGCACCGACAGCCCAACGAGUCCAACUAAACUCAAGCGUUUCAACUAUACACCCGAACGCACUAUUUCCCCCAUUCACAAUGGCAGUGGCAAUGGCGGGGAGUCUUAUGUGGAUGUGUCGGCCAAAAAGAUAGCGCCCAGUUGGGAUAAAGUCGAGCAUACGAGUCCUAGUCAUAGAUUAAGCGAUGCCAACGCCAGUCCCUUGCAGUCUUUCAAUUCAGUGGUGGACAGAAUAUCACCAAAGCACGAGAAGAGAAACGACAAGCUAACGUACAUUGAGUCCGAGCUGGAGGCAUUGGAGCGAGAACAGGAGGCAAUCGACCAGAAGGCUAGCAGUCUGGAGGCCAAACUACGGGCAGUAAUGGGCGGCAAUCCAAAAACGGAAGAAACUGAGGAGCAGCUGCUUUCCCAAUGGUUUACGCUUGUCAACAAGAAGAACGCGCUGCUUCGCCGACAGAUGCAACUAAACAUUCUAGAGCAAGAGAAAGAUCUGGAACGUAAGUUCACAAUGCUUAAUCAGGAGCUGAGAGCGGCACAAUCCGUUGAAGACUGGCGCAAGACAGAAGUGCAACGGGAAAAGGAGCGUCUACUGCUCGAAGAGCUGGUGACCAUCGUGGAUAAACGAGAUCAACUUGUGCAGCACUUGCACAAUCAAGAGAUAGCCAUUGAGGAUGACCAUGAAAUUGCACGUGAACUGGAGCAAGUUGACAUUAGCGGAGGCAAAGAGAAGUGUGUUAUUCAAUAGAUGAUACUAUCGCUAAUGACUGGAGACAAUGAGAUACCUAUAGACGAAUAAGUAGUUAUCUACAUCAUUUAAUGGCGCUGCAAGUAAAUGUUCUCAUAAAGAGCAGAGAAUAUGCAAUAGUUCUUGUAAGACAACUCUUACAGACUGGAAGCAAAAGGGUUGGAAAAAAAUGCAACAGACGAACCUGUUAUACUUAGGUAAACAUUUUGACAAAAAGAAACGUCCGAUAGAACACUAAGCAAAUUUAAAAAAUUUCACACAUUCAACAUUAACAAUAUAUUAUCAUGUAAAUUGAAAGAAAUCCACACUUUUUAAAUAAUCUAUCUGUAAAUUCUCAAAAUUUGUUUUUUGUGCCAUUUGAUUUUGUUGCAAUCAUGCUUUAAGAUUUUUUUCCAAAUUGAAAACAAUGCAAAGACCCCCAACCUAAUUGUGAACUAUAUUUAUACCUAGUAUUUUUUAUUUUAUUUUAGCUUAUUUAUGUGUUAAUCACUAAACGAAAACGCUUCAUCCCUAAGAAUAUAUAUUAUAAAAAAAUGUUUUGUACAGAAACUGGUCUUAUUUAGUUUUUACCCUAAUCUUAUUUGACUAUUUAAUGGUGGUUUACUUACAAAAAUAUUUAUAUUUAUAUAUGUGUUACGAUUAUCGGAAUACAAUAGUUCUUAACCAAAUGAACCUUUCAAUAAUACAAUUUGAUAUGUAUGUAUAAUUACA